AUGCCUCUUCCUGAGAACGAAGCGACGAAUAAGACCGGCAAGGAAGUCAUCGAGACACUGAAGGGCGCCUUCCACACGCCUGCUGGAUUUCGACCGGCUCAUGCUCGUGGCAUCCUACUGAAGGGGACCUGGACACCCACCACAGAAGCUGCAUCGCUCAGCAAGGCGUACCAUUUCAACAACAGUGUCCCCGUUACUGCUCGAUUCUCGAACUCAACCGGCAUCCCCCAAAUUCCAGACAAUGACUCGAACGCGUCUCCCCGUGGGCUUGCCGUUCGAUUCAACCUUCCGAACACAUCUGAUGGAAAGAGAGCUCAUACAGAUAUCGUCGCUCACAGCAGCAAGUUCUUCCCCGUAAGAACCGGUGAAUUGUUUCUGGCUCUUCUUCAGGCACUUGGUAGCGGCAAGGCUGGAGAGUUUUUGGGAGAACAUCCAAGCGCCGCUGCCUUCGUCGGCGACCCAAAGCCAAAUCCAGUCUCAUUCGGCACUUUGCCCUACUUCGGUGUCAGCGCGUUCACGUUCACUUCCGCCGAUGGCAAGGAUACAAAUGUGCGGUACCGGUGGGUACCAGAUGCCGGCGAACAGACACUCUCUGAUGAGGACGCCAAAGCUCGCGAUCCUGCUUACCUCCACAACGAAAUUCAGACCCGAGUAGUCGACGGAGGCGUCAGCUUUAAGUUGCUGGUUCAGGUGGCUGAGACUGGCGAUCCUACGAACGAUGCAACUGUUCACUGGCCGGAAGAACGAAAGACAGUUGAAUUGGGCACGUUGAAGCUUGAUGGGGUCGUAGAAGACAACGACGAUGCGCAGAGGAAAAUCAUCUUCGAUCCAAUUCCAAGGAUCGACGGCGUGAAGGAGACAGAUGAUCCACUGUUCGAUAUGCGUGCCAGCAUAUAUUUGCAAAGUGGUAAGGACAGGCGCGCAAAUCCAUACGAUAAGUGA